AGUUUACAGGCUUGGCUUGUAGACUACUCAAGACACAGGGAGCUAAGCGUUGAGCUCCAUGGAUGUCUAGAUAGAGCUCCAUCAGGGCUCUGGACUUUAAUUCUUGGGCACUGCUGGAGAUGGGAAAUCCAGAUUUUACUCUGGUCAGCCCCAAGAGAGGUUAAAUUGUCGUCUGUGACUCAUGAAACAGUGACUUUAGUUCUACACCCUGGAUUACAGCUGCCAUGAACUUUCUCCUCUAGAGGCCCAGCUGCAGCAGAUCUUGAUCCCACCUACUAUUGUAAGUCCUUCCUGAUUCCCCUUAUAUAGAGAAGGGAUGGCAAAUUAGAGUUUCUCUGGAGUCCUGGGACCCUUUUAGUGCCUGUUGAUCUCAGUCUCUCUCUUCAGCCAUGCCGGCGGAUUUUAAUGGCACGUGGAAUCUUGUCCAGUCUGAGAAUUUUGAAAGCUUUAUGUUGGCUUUAGGUAUAGAUUUUGCAACUCGCAAGAUAGCAAAUAUGCUGAAGCCUCAGAAGGUCAUAAAACAGGAAGGGGAUUCAUUUUCUAUCAGCACGACAAGCACUUUCCGAAACUAUUUUGUCCAGUUCAAAAUUGGAGAGGAGUUUGAUGAAGAUAACAAAGGGCUGGACAACCGAAAAUGCAGAAGUGUGGUUACUUGGGACAAUGAUAAGCUUGUCUGCAUUCAGAAUGGAGAGAAGGAAAACAGAGGCUGGACUCACUGGAUUGAAGGCGAUGAGCUGUAUCUGGAACUCCGUUGCGAAGACAAAAUAAGCAGGCAAGUUUUCAAGCGAGCGUGAACCUCAAAUGGGACUUCUCAGGAGGAGAGCCACCCACGGCACCUUGUUCAAGGCAUGGCUUCCCACAGCACCUCUUUCACUGCGAGUCAGCAGCAGCUCCAGCUGGC